GGCGAGGCGGCGCCGGCGAUCAGAGCAGCGCUGGGUGUUUAGGGGCCAAGAUGGCGGCGCGCCGGGGACGGAGAGACGGAGUCGCGCCGUCCCCGACUGGGGGCCCUGGCCCUGACCCCGGUGGUGGAGUCCGCGGCAGCGGUUGGGGGAGUCGGAACCAAGCGCCGCAUGGGACCGUGGGCACAGUCAGCUGUGGGGAGCAGGUCCUGCUACAUGAAGAGGUGGAUGAUUCUGGCUUUGUCAAUCUGUCUCGGCUGGGCCCAUCUCUGAGGGACAAAGAUCUGGAAAUGGAGGAGUUGUUGCUACAAGAUGAGACACUACUGGGGACCAUGCAGAGUUACAUGGAUGCCUCUCUUAUUUCUCUCAUUGAGGAUUUUGGGAGCCUUGGAGAGAGCAGGUUAUCUCUGGAGGAACAGAAUGAAGUGUCACUGCUGACAGCUCUGACGGAGAUCUUGGACAAUGCAGAUUCUGAGAACCUGUCUCCAUUUGACAGCAUUCCUGACUCUGAGCUGCUUGUAUCACCGCGGGAGGGCUCUUCUCUGCAUAAGCUGCUCAGUCUCUCUCGAACACCCCCAGAACGUGACCUCAUCACCCCAAUUGACCCAUUGGGACCCAGCACAGGCAGUAGUAGAGUAAGUGGGGUUGAGAUGUCUCUUGCAGAUCCCUCUUGGGACUUCCCCCCACCUUCUUUCUUGGAGACCUCUUCUCCCAAGCUGCCUAGCUGGAGACCCCCAAGAUCAAGACCUCGCUGGGGCCAGUCCCCUCCCCCCCAGCAGCGUAGUGAUGGAGAAGAGGAGGAAGAGGCAGCCAGCUUCAGUGGCCAGAUGCUUGCUGGGGAGCUUGACAACUCUAUGAGCACCAUCCUAGACUUCCCCAUGUAUUUGGCCUGCCCUGAGGAAGAAGAUAAGGCAACAGCAGCAGAGGUGGCAGUGCCAGCAACUGGUGAUGAAAGCAUCUCUUCCUUGAGUGAGUUGGUACGGGCCAUGCACCCCUACUGCUUGCCCAACCUCACCCACAUGGCAUCACUUGAGGAUGAGCUUCAGGAACAGCCAGAUGAUUUGACACUGUCUGAGGGUUGUGUGGUGCUGGAGAUUGUGGGUCAGGCAGCUACAACUGGUGAUGACCUGGAAAUUCCAGUUGUAGUGCGGCAGAUUCCUACUGGACCCCAGUCUGUGCUCCUGGAUGACUCACUAGAGGCCAGUCCUGCCUUGCAGCUGCUUAUGCCCACACUUGAAUCAGAACCAGAGACUGCUAUACCCAAGAUAGCCCCCUGCCCUGAGAAAGAGGGGUUGUCAUUGGACUCAGCAUCCUUAUUGGAGCCAAAGGAGGUUGUGGAGCCACUGGUGUCCAAGGGACUAAAGAACCCACCUGCCAAUGCAGUGCUGGGUUCCCAGAGGGCUCGAAAGAGCAGGAGGAAGAAGAGCAAGGAGCAGCAAGCAGCCUGUGUGGAAGGUUAUGCCAGGAGGCUGAGGUCAUCGUCUCGUGGUCAAUCUAUUGUAGCUAAAGAAGUGACCUCUCAGGCAGGCAGCUUGCAGAAACUGCCUCAGGAGGAACUUAAGAGAGAGGGUGGGCUUUCCCAGAGUAGGGGGAAGCCACAGGCUUGGGCUCGGGCCUGGGCAACUGCCUUGGAGAAGCCUAGCUCUGGGAACUUGGAGAGAAGUGCUGGACAAGGUAGUCCCACUGAAGAAAGGUCUCUAGAUCUCUACUCCAAGCUGGUUGAUACUGUCCAAGCCAACCCUCUUUCACCCCAUCUCUCAUUGGUUGACUCUCCUCAAGCCAACCCCAUGCCAUUUGACUCUGUUGAAACUAAUACCACUGCAGUUGACCCUGCUGUGACUGACUCUGUACCUCUUGACCUGGCUUCAUCAAGUUCAGAGCUGGUUGACCCUCUCCAAGCUGACCCAGUGUUGACUGACCCAGCCCUGGCUGACUCGGCAGCAGUUGACCCUGCAGUAGAUGUUCCUAUCUCAGAUAAUUCGUCAUCAGUUGAAGCUGUCCUAGCUGACCCUGUGCCAGUUGACUCUGUUCCCAGGGACCUGGCUCCAGUUGAUUCUGUGCUGGUUAAGUCCCGACCAACAGACCCCAGGCGUGGUGCAAUAUCAUCAGCCCAGGGAAGCCCAGCUACUCAGCUCCUCGUGGAUUCAGAGUCCUCAGAGCCCCCAAAGACCAUCACCCCUGAAGUCAAGGAGGUUGUAGGUCCUCUGAAGGUGGAAAAUGGUACUAAUGCCACAGCCCAGGAAGCCAGACCACGGCCACUCAGCCUAUCUGAAUACCGACGACGAAGGCGGCAACGGCAAGCAGAGGCAGAAGAGAAGAGUUCCCAGCCUCCAGUUGGGAAGUGGCCCAGCCUCCCAGAGACCCCCACAGGGCUGGCAGAUAUCCCUUGUCUUGUCAUCCCACCAGCCCCAGCCAAGAAGACAACUCCGCAGAGAAGUCCUGACGCUCCUCCUGAGGCUUGCUUUGGGCCUGUGGGUCCCAGCCCUGCUUCUCCUAGUCCUGAGCCAUCUGCAAACAAGCCUAUGGUUUUAACUUCCAGUGAACAGGUGGUGCCAUCCCAAGAGAUGCCACUGCCUGCAAGACCUCCUCCUCCUGUGCAGUCCAUGUCUUCUGCUGGGCCCAUGCCUCACACAGUGCUCACUUCUUUGCCUUUCCCUCGAGGUGGGCUGGGUAUGCCCCCCAUGCUGCCUCUUCCUGCAAGUGGACAAAGGGUCCCCAAUAUUCCCCCACCUCCUUUGCCACCUCCUGGUCUUCCAGGGUCUGUGGGACCAGUGCCACCUGAUCCCUAUACUCAUUAUACCCCUGUGCCACCCUGGCCUUGCUAUCCCCCUGUGUCCCCUUCUGGGUAUCCUUGUCUGCCUCCCCCACCAACGGUGCCCCUAGUGUCUGGUACUCCUGGCACCUAUGCUGUGCCUCCUGCUUGCAAUGUGCCUUGGGUACCCCCUCCAGCCCCUGUCUCACCUUACAACUCCAGUUGUACUUAUGGGCCCAUGGGAUGGGGCCCAGGGCUACAACACCCUCCAUUCUGGUCUGCUGUACCCCCACCUCCUUUGCCUCCAGCUCCUGUUGGGAGAGCUGUUCUCCAACCUAAGGUGGAGCCCAGUAGCAUUCCAGCUGGUCCUCCUGAAAAUGUACCUCCUGCACCUAUGGCUCCAUCCCUCAGUCUUGGGUCAGUUGGCCAUGGAGCUCCACAAAUAGAGCCCACCAAAGUGGAGGUCAAGCCAGUGCCUGCAUCUCCCCAUCUGAAACACAAGGUGUCCCUGGUACAGAGCCCCAGGAUCAAGGCUCCACCAUAUCUGUCUCCUGAGUGUGUGGCUAUUGAGGAGCCUGCAUCAGAGAGGCUAAAGCCCGAGACCCAGGAGACUAGGCCUAGGGAAAAGCCCUCCUCUUCUGCUAUUAAGGCUGUUCCCUUACCAAGGCAGAGCAUUGUCCCCAAGCUGCCUGCUGUCCACCCAGCCCGUCUAAGGAAACUAUCCUUCCUGCCCACCCCACGUACCCAGGGUCCUGAGGAUGUGGUACAGGCUUUCAUCAGUGAGAUUGGAAUUGAGGCAUCAGACUUGUCCAGUCUGUUGGAGCAGUUUGAAAAAUCAGAAGCCAAAAAGGAGUGCCCUCCUCCAGUUCCUGCUGACACCUUGGCUGUAGGAAACUCAGGCAGCGUUGACACUCCCCAGGAGAAGAGACCCCUAGACCGGUUACAAGCCCCAGAACUGGCCAACGUGGCAGGGCUCACCCCUCCAGCUACCCCUCCCCAUCAGUUAUGGAAGCCCUUGGCUGCCGUCUCACUGCUGGCCAAAGCCAAAUCUCCUAAGUCCACCGCCCAGGAGGGAACCCUGAAGCCUGAAGGAGUUACAGAGGCCAAACAUCCAGCUGCAGCCUGCCUCCAAGAUGGGGUCCAUGGCCCUAGUCCAGUCCAUGUGGGCUCUGGGGACCAUGACUAUUGUGUCCGGAGCAGGACACCCCCAAAAAAGAUGCCUGCCCUAGUCAUUCCAGAGGUGGGCUCCCGAUGGAAUGUCAAACGACAUCAGGACAUCACCAUCAAACCUGUCUUAUCCCUGGGCCCAGUUGCUCCCCUCUUCCCAUGCAUAACUGCCUCCCAGGAGCCACUUGAUCACAGGACUAGCAAUGAGCAGGCAGAUCCCUCAGCGCCUUGCCUUGCCCCAUCUGCCUUGCUGUCUCCUGAGGCCUCACCCUGCCGGAAUGACAUGAACACUAGGACUCCCCCUGAGCCCUCAACCAAGCAGCGGUCAUUGCGCUGUUACCGAAAAGCCUGCAGGUCAGCCAGUCCCCCAAGCCGGGGAUGGCAGGGCCGUCGUGGCCGCAGCAGCCGUUCUGUCAGCUCUGGGUCCAACCGGACCAGUGAAGCAUCUUCCUCAUCGUCGUCUUCCUCAUCCCGAUCCCGGUCCAGGUCCCUCUCCCCCCCACACAAGAGGUGGCGAAGGUCCAGCUGCAGUUCCUCUGGACGUUCCAGAAGAUGCUCUUCCUCUUCUUCUUCAUCAUCAUCAUCUUCGUCUUCCUCAUCCUCAUCAUCUAGUUCCCGAAGCCGCUCUCGCUCCCCAUCCCCCCGCCGGAGAAGUGACAGGAGGCGGCGGUACAGCUCUUACCGUUCACAUGACCAUUACCAAAGGCAGAGAGUGCUGCAGAAGGAGCGUGCAAUAGAAGAAAGAAGGGUAGUCUUCAUUGGGAAGAUACCUGGCCGCAUGACUCGGUCAGAGCUGAAACAGAGGUUUUCUGUUUUUGGGGAGAUUGAGGAGUGCACCAUCCAUUUCCGAGUCCAAGGUGAUAACUAUGGCUUCGUCACUUAUCGCUAUGCUGAGGAGGCAUUUGCAGCCAUCGAGAGUGGCCAUAAGCUGCGCCAAGCAGAUGAGCAGCCCUUUGAUCUCUGUUUUGGGGGCCGCAGGCAAUUCUGCAAAAGGAGCUAUUCUGAUCUUGACUCCAACCGGGAAGACUUUGACCCUGCUCCUGUAAAGAGUAAAUUUGACUCUCUUGACUUUGACACAUUGUUGAAACAGGCCCAGAAGAACCUCCGGAGGUAACCCUGGGCUCUUCUCCCCUUCCCUUUUUCUUUGGAGGUGCCCAACCUCCUCCACCCACCUCCCCAACUCUAGGGGAGAGAGCUGCUAGUGAGGAGAUGACUGUUUUAUAAAGAAAUGGAAAAAAGUGAAAUAAAAAAAAUGUGUUAAAUCAAUUUUUUAAAGGGGUAUUUGUUUUUUUCUUUUUAUAACAGGUGUUGAAACAAGUUAAUUUGCAUUCCUAUGUCAGAUGGUUGGGACUGAGGGGUUCCCCAAGUGUUUGGAACAUCUUAAUCACUAUGCAGACUAAUAAAUAUGAAAUAGAGAGAA